GCAAUGCUUUGCUUAUCUUUCCUUAUUUCCAAAGGAUUAUAUUUACGACAGUGAUUACGUCGCCGGAUAUUGGAUGGCACAUGGACUCCUUGCAACCUCUAACAAUGAUAUUGAAGAAUUAGAAGAUGUUGCUGUGCGUUAUAUGAAGGAUUUAUGGUCAAGGUGUUUCUUACAGGAUUUUACGGAGUAUUAUCAUUCAUUUUAUCAGUUUAAAAUGCAUGAUCUUAUGCAUGAUCUUGCAAUAUCAGUGGCAAAAAGUGAGUGUGCUGUUAUAAAAUCCAGAAGCCAAACAGUUGAUGGGAGCAUUCGGCACUUUUCAAUUGACUCUGAUUUCAACACUCAAAAAACUCCAGAAGUUCUAGAUAAUAGAUCAAAGACGGUUCGGUCCCUUAUUUUUCUGCAAGGAUACGACUCAUACGAGCUUGUUGGUGCCUCAUUUGUCCCUCCGUGCAUAUCUAAAUUCAAGCACCUUCGACUGCUAACCUUAUGCAAUAUGCUUUUUGAAGUCUUGCCAAACUCUGUCGCUACAUUGAUACAUUUGAGAUACCUUGACUUAUCAUAUAAUCCUUUAUUGAAGAAACUUCCUGAAUCUAUUUGCAAGCUUCAGAAGUUGGAGACGUUUAGACUUUUUCAUUGUGAUGGGCUUAAGAAGUUGCCUAAGAAGAUACGAAGGAUGAUCUCCCUUAGGCAUGUGGAAAUAACCACAAAAGAGCGAUGUCUACGAGAAGAUGGAAUCGGAUGUUUGAGUUCUCUUAAAUUUUUUACCUUAGCUAGCUGCAGGAAUCUAGUAAGAUUGUUUGAAGAGAUGCAAGGUCUCACAAGCCUCCGAAGAUUGGUUCUUCAAGAUUGUUCCCUGACCUCGUUGCCAUAUAAUCAAGUACCUCAAGCGAUUAGAGACUGUAGCGAUUAUUGCCUGUGUAAAUCUUAACUUGAAGAUGGAAUUUCAAGGAGAAGACAAAGACAACCUUUGCUUGGGAGUUCGAAAAUUUAUAAUUGUCCAUUUGCCAUCAUUAGUGGAUUUGCCUUAGCUUAUUCUUCAAGGAUCGGCAAACACCUUACAGUGCAUAAUGAUUGAAAAUUGUCCCAAUUUAGUAGAACUACCGGAGUGGCUGCAAAAUCUCACAUCACUUCAAACAUUGGAGAUUUUAGAUUGCCCGAGCUUGUCAUGUCUUCCAGAAGGGAUGCAACGCCUUACUGUCCUCAAACAACUGAAGAUUCAAGGCUGUCCUGCUCUGAGUGAAAGCUGCAGACGUGAUCAGUCGAAGAUUGCUCAUGUCCGAGAGGUUCAUCUUAAUUGCUGAAUAAAUGCCAUCACAUAGUAUUGCUUUUCUUUUCUGUUGAAGAAAAUGUGAUAGCAGAUUCUCUUGCUAAUGCAUUGGUGGCGUGUUGUGAUGCUUCUUCGUUUAUUUUUCAAGACCUACAUCAUGAUUCCAGCAAGUUUUCCGUACCCAGAAACAUGAAGGCCAAUCAGCGGGUGCGCGCAAGGGG